UGAGGUGGCAUCAUCUGAUCCUCUUGUCUUUCUUGCAAAAAUCUCGUACCAAUUGGUUUUCUUCUUCAUAUAAAAUAAUAUUUUGGAUUUUCUCACGGUUUUAGAAACAGAUAGUGAGGUUUUAGUCAAGAUUUUUACAGAUUUGGAUAAAUGAAUGAUUAUAAGAAGAUGAUAUAUUGUGGGUUAUUUUUAUCUUUCAUUUGAUGCAGAGAAAAGGGCACUGAAGAGCUUUUGCAGGGAUUUUGGAAUCUAGGAGUAGAAAGACAGGAUCUUGAUCAAUUUCUUGUUUUUUAUUUGGGUUUUUUCCCUAAAAUUUGUGGAAAUUGUAGAAAAAGACACGGAGAAGAUGAAGAUUCAAUGCAGCGUGUGUGAGGCGGCUGAGGCGAAUGUGCUAUGCUGCGCUGAUGAGGCUGCGUUGUGCUGGGCGUGCGAUGAGAAGGUUCAUGAGGCCAACAAGCUAGCAAGCAAGCACCAGAGAGUUCCUCUCUCUGGCUCUUCCCCUCAAAUCCCUAAAUGCGACAUUUGCCAGGAGACAGCUGGCUUUUUCUUUUGUCUAGAAGAUAGAGCAUUACUCUGCAGAAAAUGUGAUGUUGCUGUUCACACAGCAAAUGCCUAUGUGGCUGCUCAUCAGAGAUUUCUCUUAACUGGCGUAAAAGUUGGUCUAGAACCUACCGACCAAAACCAUGGUGCAUCCUCUUCUUCGGGGAAGUCACCUUCGGGUGAAAAAACCUCUGAAACAAAAUCCCAUUCUGUUUCUAGGAGAGGAACUCCAAUGCCAUCAGCUAGUCCAUGCAAUGAAGUUUUGCCUGCACAGGCUGGUGGACAAGAGUUUGAACCUGCUAAAGUAUCAUUUUCUGGGGGUUCUGCAGCUGGAGGCCUCCCACAGUGGCAGAUAGAUGAAUUUCUUGGAUUAACCGACUUUAGUCAGAACUAUAGCUACAUGGAUAAUGGAUCAUCUAAGGCUGAUAGCGGCAAGCGGGGUGACUCUGACAGCUCUGCAAUCUUAAGGACAGCUGAGGAAGAAGUAGAUGAUGAUGAGUGCCUGGGUCAGGUGCCAGACAGCUCUUGGGCAGUGCCACAAAUUCCUUCCCCGCCUACAGCCUCGGGGCUAUAUUGGCCAAGACGUGUUCAGAAUCUAUCCGAUAAUGGAGAUUUUGUGCCUGAUAUAGGUUGCUCGACUGACUGUGAGCGGCAUGGUAGUGUCAUGAAACGGCAGCGGCUCUGAGACUCCUCUUCAAGCUUCAUACUCAACUCGGUUGACCGCAUUUUCUUUGAUUGCAAGGCUAUUGCUUCUAAAUUUUAUGUGUUGCUUGGCCACGCUUCUGCUACUCGAGUCUUUAAGAUGAAAAGGUAGCUCUAGCUUCUCUGUCAGAUUAGAUGGUUGAAAUGCUAGUUUAAUCAGUCGAUAAUUUAUGUGAGAUAAAUUUGAAUUCUCUAUGAACAAGUAAUUUGUUGAAAAAAAAAAGAUGAAAAAUCAAUCUGAUUGUUUCCUGGAGUUUCUUA